AACCCUUUUCCCUCGGCCUACAUUACGUAGCCUCAGAGCUGGCUUGCUGUCCAGCCAGAAAGGAAGGAGCAAGCUCUGGAUCCUCCCACACCACAGCACGACGAUAAGCGACCGGGAAAUGGAGCGGCCCUGAUUUAUAAGUGAGGGAGCAUAGGGAUCAGACUGGCUAGGCCGUCAUAAGGCACACGGAGGAGCCCCAGCAGACGUAAACAUGAGUAAUAACAGCGGUCCGAACAACAGACAGAGCAAAAGGGUCACCAACUGCGGCUCCAUCCUGCUUACUCUGCAGGAGAACGAGGCUCUCUUCGGUUACCUGGGCAAGAAAUGCGUGGCCAUUGUUUCUGCUGUUGUUCAGCUGUUUGUCUCUGAUCGAAAUUCCAUCUGGACAAAGAAAUGUUGUGGGGUAGUAUGUCUAGUGAAGGACAAUCCACAAAGAUCCUAUUUCAUUAGAGUUUAUGACAUAAAGGAAGGGAGACAACUCUAUGAACAGGAGCUGUACUAUAAUUUUGUAUAUAAUAGUCCAAGAUCAUAUUUUCACACAUUUGCUGGAGAUUCCUGUCAAGUGGGUCUCAAUUUUGCUAAUGAAGAAGAGGCACGAAGAUUCAGAAAAGAAAUAACAGAGUUGCUUUCAAGAAGAUCAAAGAAACCUGAUAAAAAGAGAGAGACUCUAAAUGGCCCAAGUCUACCAAUGGCAACGAUUGAUAUUAAAAACCCAGAAAUCACAAACCGGCAUAAUUCACAAGUGAAUAAUGUUCCAUACAAUAAAGAGAAGAAAAAGGGAAAAACUAAAAAGAAAAGGCUUACCAAAGCAGAUAUUGGAACUCCAAGCAACUUCCAACAUAUUGGACACGUGGGAUGGGAUCCAAACACGGGGUUUGAUGUUAAUAAUUUGGAUCCAGAACUUAAAAAGCUUUUUGACAUGUGUGGCAUUUCUGAGGCUCAGCUAAAAGACAAGGAAACCUCAAAGGUCAUUUAUGACUUCAUUGCGAAAACUGGAGGUGUGGAGGCAGUAAAAAAUGAGUUGAGAAGACAAGGUUCACCACUGUGGGGUGCACCUCCACCACCACCUCCUUCUAGGGGGGGUCCGCCACCUCCACCACCCCCCCACAGCUCAGGACCACCACCUCCUCCUCCACCUGCAAGGGGCAGGGGUGUACCACCCCCACCUCCUUCUAGAGCUCCUAUGGCUGCACCUCCACCACCUCCACCUUCCAGGCCAGCAGCUUCAGUGCCGCCACCACCUCCUAACCGAUUGUAUCCACCCCCGCAGACAGGCCAAUCUUCAUCUGCCCCUUGUAGUCCGCCACCUCCUCCCCCUCCACCAAUGUCUGGGUUUGGUACAGGUGCGCCACCGCCUCCGCCUCCACCACCACCACCACCUGCUUUACCUGGAGCUGCUGCAGAUGGUGAUCAGCCUGCGCUUCCUGGGGGAAAUAAAUCUGCUCUCCUAAAUCAAAUUAGAGAAGGAGCCCAGCUAAAAAAAGUAGAUAACAGAGAAAACCGACCUGUGUCCUCUUCUGGACGGGAUGCACUAUUAGACCAAAUACGACAGGGCAUUCAGUUAAAGGCUGUAACUGAUGAGUCUGAUUCUGUGGCAACUACCCCUGCACCUACCACAGGAAUAGUGGGAGCGCUGAUGGAAGUAAUGCAGAAAAGGAGUAAAGCCAUUCAUUCUUCAGAUUCUGAUGAAGAUGAGGACGAGGAUGAAGAUUUUGAGGAGGAUGAUGAAUGGGAUGAUUGAUCAAUACACAUAUAUAAUAUAUAUAUAUUUUUUAAGGUGAAUGAAUACUAAACACUACUUUCUGUCUAUGGAUUCUGUAAAAGUAUCAUGUAAAUGGUCUACCAAUUUGCUGUAUAUUUUUGUUGCCUUUUUGCUUUUUUAUUAAUCUGUGCAAUACCUCAUUUGAUCUGCAAUGGUUUUGUCAUAGCUCCACACAGCAUACUCCUAAUUGUUUUUCACUUUAAAUAGCUAAAUGCUUUGGUGAAUGACAUACAAAUUCACAAACUUAGGGGGAUAAUGUGGAACCGUAGAAACCUUAAAUGUAAUUGUUAUGAGAAAAAAAAAACACUAUUUUCUUACCCUAAUUUUUCUGUAACUAAAUUUCUUAUUAAAAUAUAGUAUAGCACUACGUUCAUCUUUAAGAGAUGCUGAUCUUUGCUAAUUAAAUGCCAUGGUUUUGAAUGGUUAGCUAAACAUAUAUGUAUGUAUUUCUUUGCAUGUAUUUUUUUUUAUUUAAAAAAACAAGACUAUUUGUAACCGUGCAGCCACUACAAAUCACACGUUUAAUUUGUCAGUCUUACAAACAAGAAAUUAAAUCUGUUACACUGCAUUAUUACUUGGCUAUUCGAAAACCCCCAAAAUAAAUAUUACUGAGGCAAAUUUGCAAGCUGUAUAACAGAUAGACCAGGUUUAUAACCACAUCAGUUGGACACGGUUUGGUCAAACCAUUUAAGUCUGUGUAAUGCUGAAAGGGAUUUGUAAGGCUAUUUUUGCCCUUUUGCUUUGUUUUGACAGGGAGACUGCUUGGUGCUUGCUUACAUUAUUCUGGGUUAUGUUUCCGAAAUGAGUGUAGGACAUUCUCUAAAAUAUACAUACAGUGCCAUUUGCUCUCUGGCAGGCAACUGAUCAGCAUGCAUCUCUUAUGAAACACUAAAGCACCAUAUUUCAGGAAACCUAUGUGGAAUAACAAAUGGAUAUUUUACAAUCUGGUAAAAUAAACACUAAUAUGUAAUGAACCUGCCUAUUGCAAUAUUCUGUUAAAUGUAAACUGCUCAGACAAAAAAGUGACGAAAAUGCAAAUAAACGACAUGUAUGUGUGUGUAUAAAUAUACAUGCCAAAUUCUAAUUACUCAGUGGUUGUAUUAGAUAAAUGUAAUCUGUGUAUGUAUGUAUAUAUAUAUAUAUAUAUAUAUAUAUAUAUAUAUAUAUAUAUAUAUAUUAUACACGCAUAGGCAUACAAACACAUAAAAAUAUCGCUGAAGCAUUAUCUGUUCUAAUCAAAGUCUGAUAUUAAAACUAUUUACUCAUUCUGUAUUUGUUUUUGGCUUAGCUUUUAUUGUAAAUGUUAGGUUGCUAAUUAACUUAAAUCUAACAGGCUGGCCCUGUGUAAUAUAAUCUUGAGUUAAAAGUAUUGGAUAAUCUAAUCCUGCAAUUAAAAAUAUUCAUGGAGACUUCA